CAUCCUGACCCUCUCCUUGUCGGCGGCCGGGGCUUUGCUUCUUCCUCUUCUUCCUCCGUUCAGAGAGAAGCAGACGGCCUUUCAAUCCCCUUUCUCGUGCUCCUUGAGAAGAUUCAAAUCGAUUUUAUGGAUAUGAGAAGCUGCGCUGCUCCGAUUCAUGAGCCCAGAGUUCCCACGGUUCUGUUGCAGCAAUUCCGGCCGUUCGAUCUCGUACUCUUCUCUCGAUUCACGCCCUGGUUCCUCUUCCUCCCGUUUGAUCUUCCCGCGUCGCCUUUAGCAGCUCUGUUAGGAUAAAUAAGAGGCAUAUUCUUGAUAAUUCUACUGAUAAGUUAGCCGGGGAGGGGUUUGACCAUUUGAGUGCGAAGUGAUUGACGGAAGAUUAAAGUGCAUGAAGGCAAGUAAAUGAAUACGUCACGAACCCGGGACAAACCUUCAGGUUGGGCUGCCUUUGCUCUUAAGCAGCAAGAAAAGCAACCUCUCGAACAGGACCCCUUCCCACCUAUUACGAUGAGGUCCCCUGGCUCAUUACCUGCAUCAGGAAACCAUAACAGGAAGAAUGACUUCUCGAAUCGUUCUUCCUCAUCGACUCUGUCGUCUCCCAUCAACUUUCCGACUUUGCCCGAUGCUAGGAACGGCCAGAGACAGCUUCAUAUGGGCGCUUCCUGUAAAACUCAGGACAAUAAACCACUUAUAGAAGACAGUAAUGCCACGGCAUUGAAGAAGCUAAAAGAAGUUCACAGUUGGGCUGAUGGUGGCUUUAUUGGAUACAUAGUGAAAGCUCUUGAUAAUGACAUCAAUCAGGCCUCAAUCUUGCUUGAAGGAAUGGUAUUAGCUGGGAUCUUUGAAGAUGGAAGAGAAAGAGAAGAAGUUUCUGUUCCUUCAAGGAAGUAUGCAGAUCCCAGUGCCCUUACUGCAACUCCAGUGCAUAAUCCAGAAGAGCUCUUAAGCUGCUCUAAAGAUGAAUGUGAUUUCUCCAGGAAGGACGACUGUGGUAAAACUGCUAGAACGAAAUUUCUUUUCGGAGAUUUGAAAUCCCUGCCUCUUGAGCCUGAGUGGGAGGAGGAUGAAGAUAUUUAUGUGAGAUAUCGUAAAGAUGCAAUAAGGGUGAUGAGAUCGGCAUCUCAGCAUUCAAGGGCAGCAAGAAAUGCCUUUCUGAGAGGUGAUCAUAGUUCUGCAAAGCAACACUCUCUCAAGGCUUGCGAGGAAUGGAUGGUGGCUGAAAGGCUUAAUUCUCAGGCAGCAAUGGAGAUUUUACGCGCUAGGAACGAUGGAAAUGAUGUGUGGAAAUUGGAUUUACACGGUCUUCAUGCGACUGAAGCUAUUCAAGUAUUGAGAGAACACCUUCAGAAAAUCGAAAGUCAGAUAUCCUUUAACCGCUCCAUAUCUCCCAGUAGGAAUAAUAGACCAUCUCAGAAGAAGGAUGCCGACGUCUGGUCCUCUUCAGUCAAGUCUUUGAUAAGCAAAGAUACUGACAACUCGACUCAGUCCCAUGCUUCCAGGCAAAUAUCAUCUUCAUUGCAAGUCAUCACAGGGGUUGGCAACCACAGUCGAGGGCGAGCUGCACUUCCAGCAGCCGUGAGAAGUUUUCUCAAUGAAAAUGGAUACCAUUUUGAUGAGAUAAGGCCGGGGGUCAUAACUGUUAGGCCCAAAUUCCGGCGCAGGUGAACUGCGUACUUCCAUGAUCUUGUUAGCUAACAUCAGAGGCCAGGCCUAUCCAUUCUAUUGAUUGUCCAUUAUAUACCAGUUGCCUGUAUAUAUACAUUCUAUUUAGAAAUUGAUGAAACUUUUAUCUUUAAGGAUUCUUAAGAUUGUUAUAAAUAGAAAUUAUGCCUGAUGUUGUAAGCUAGCGGUUGUAAUAAACUGUGUCGAGGUUGAGGCAUGAGAUUGAUAUGAAUCCAGAAUGAAUGGAACAUAGGCUGAUCAUAAUUCAUGAUGAGGUUUACUGAGAUUGUCGUAUGCCUCAUUUUCUUUUUAUUUUGCUAAUUGGCUAAAAUGGAUAUUUGCCGUGCAGUUGCAUUCGGAACGAGUGAUGAAAAUGGUCGGAAAAUGGCUUAUCUUAAUAAAAAAAAGAGUAUAUUUUUUUAAAAAGAACAAGUAUUUGCUUGAGGAUAACUUUUUAUUCGUUUAGGCGCAUGUUUGCUUUUGGUUGGACUAGGACUAUAACACUUUUCAUAUCGGUAUCAAAUUGUUGCUUGCAAGUCAUGGAAAAAUUUUGCCGGUUCAAUUGCGGGGGAGACUGAAGUCCCCCGGUUUGCCAAUUUACUUGCGGGAGCGUGAGGUGGGUGGGAGGGAGUCCAAAGGCGUACUCCGGCAUCAAGUCAUGUUGCGUGAGAAUUUCGACAACAGGAGGCCAUUGCAUCAAAGGAGAAGCUUACAAAGCCCUGUAUUCUGAAUUCUCUCAAGCUGAAGUUGAACUUUGCAGCUCAGUAUCAUAACUUCAAUGACAAAGUAUUUCAUGGUCUGGGUUGACAAUCCCGUCCCUAUUGUUAAAAGAAUGGUCCUUCGGACCCCGGCCAUGAUAUCUCUUCUAAGGAUGAUGAACCUUUAGUUGAAUACACCUCGCUAUAUGCAUGGCACGAGGGAUGACCGCUGUAAUGGCAGCAAGAAAGGGAAGAAUCGUAAGUAUGAGCUGCAAACUGGGUAGCAAGUGGGUCAAGGCGUACCAAUCGUCCAUAACUCCAAGGGAGUGUUGUUCAGUAGCUUAGCGGGCGGCAUCAGUGCAUAAUCAACAGUCAUGUGCGAGAGUCGUUCCAAAUUGAAAUGGGAAGAUUCACUUGACCCAUCUUUUGCAGUGUUCUAUACCUUGGCUUCGCAAAACUUAUUUUAAUGCGAAGUACAUGUGAUGGUUGACUGCCCGAUCUACAUAUUAUAUUUU